CUGGCGUCGAAGCUCUGCACCAAGAUAGACGCUUAUAGUUUGCUUGUUCGCGCGCCGUAGCCAUCAUGAAGCUUCGGUCUGCGCUCGUCGUCGGCAGCUUUGCCGCUGCAUCUGGUACGUGCCCAAAAAUCGCCCCCGGAGGCCGCUUAAAUCGGCUGAGCCCAUGGCAUCUGUCCCGCCUGUUUGACUGCGCGCCGGUGCCAGAGGGCCCCGGACGCUGCCGAGCGCUGCGCGCGAGCCGCCGCUCGCCCCCGCGCCGCGCGGCGCGCGAAAACCGCCCCCUUUCCGACCGCAGGCUUCUCGGCCGUCGCCGGCAGCGACGCCGUCGCGCCGAAGAAGAACGUCAAGGACGGCUUCUUCGAGUGGCAGACGAAGCUCAUGGACGACCUCGCGUCCAAGUACGCCAAGACCGACGACGCCGCGGCGCCGGCGUCGACGGCCGCGAAGGCGUCGUCCUCCUCCUCGUCGGCGAGCGACGACUCCUCCAGCGACGAGGUCGUCGAGAAGAAGCCGCUCGGCACGCGCCUCAAGAACGUGGCCGGCCGGCUCGCGUUCUGGAGGAAGUAGACUCGCGAGGGCACAGACCCGCGCCGGCCGCGGCGCGGAGGACCCGCUCUGGGAGGCGGGUAAGUAUCCACACUA